AUGGGCCGCGUUGGAUGCAGACUUGCAGUGUUUACAGUCGCUAUUCUGAUAACUCUCACUAAUGCUAUCAAGGUGAAUCCUCUGCCCGCACCUCAAUCAACAACAUGGGGCUCAUCGGGACCGAUAGCAGUCGGGACGGAUCUGAUGCUAAAUACACAGUCGGAACAAAUCAUCACUGAUGCCUGGAACCGAUCUUGGACUACUAUCAGUACUUUAAAGUGGGUGCCUGCGGCAAUUGAAGCUCCUAUUCCCAAGUUCCAACCUUUUCCGACCGACGCGCCCUCGUCCAGAGUUAAACGGUGGAACUCAAGUCUCAGUCAGGUUGAUCUUACCAUUGCCGACUGUGCGGCUGAUUUGCAGCAUGGUGUCGAUGAGUCGUACACAGUCGACAUAAUUCAAUCUACGCAAGCCGUCAACAUAACGGCGAAGACAGUCUGGGGUGCUCUUCACGCAUUCACGACCUUGCAGCAACUCAUCAUCUCGGAUGGAAAUGGAGGUCUCAUGGUCGAAAACCCAGUCUCGAUUAUCGACCAUCCCAACUACCCAUAUCGAGGUGCCAUGAUUGACACGGGGCGUAACUUUAUCAGUCUACCAAAAAUCCGUGAGCAGAUCGAUGGAAUGGCGCUGUCCAAGAUGAACGUGCUUCACUGGCACAUGGCCGAUGCGCAGUCAUGGCCCGUUCAAAUGCAAGUCUAUCCGCAAAUGACACAAGGGGCAUACUCGCCACAGAGUACUUACUCGCAAAAUGACAUCCGAGAUCUUAUCGCCUAUGCUCGUGCUCGUGGUGUACGUAUCAUUCCGGAGAUCGACAUGCCAGGUCAUGCGUCUCAAGGCUGGACUUCGGUCGAUCCUAGUAUUUUGGCUUGCGCAGAUUCCUGGUGGUCGAACGACGACUGGGCCUUACAUACGGCGGUGGAACCGAAUCCAGGACAACUUGAUAUCCUGAACAACAAGACAUAUGAGGUGAUCAAAAACGUUUACGGGGAGCUCGCCGGGCUGUUCAGUGACGACAUCUUCCACGUCGGAGCCGACGAACUUCAAACAGGCUGUUACAACUUCAGCACAGCUGUGCAACAGUAUUUCGCUCACAACAAAUCAAGAACUUACGACGACCUAGUUCAAGUUUGGGUCGAUCGAGCAAUCCCGACCUUUAGAUCAGCCGCGAACAAGACGUUGAUGAUGUGGGAGGAUAUUCUUAUUGCGACACCUCAUGCCCACACUGUCCCCAAAAAUAUCAUCCUGCAAACUUGGAACAAUGGGCUCGAAAACAUCAAGAACUUGACCUCACAAGGAUAUGACAUCGUGGUCUCUUCGGCUGACUUCUUCUAUCUCGACUGUGGUUUUGGUGGGUGGGUAUCCAACGAUCCUCGAUACAAUGAAAUGGCCAAUCCAAAUGCUUCAGUCCCAACUUUCAACUACGGAGGCAAUGGAGGUUCAUGGUGCGCACCUUACAAGAGCUGGCAACGUAUCUACGAUUACGACUUCACAUUGAACCUCACAGCCCAGGAGAAAACCCAUGUCCUUGGAACUGAAGUACCACUCUGGUCCGAGCAAGUCGACGAUACCGUCAUCUCGUCAAAGAUGUGGCCUCGCGCCGCUGCUAUGGCUGAGCUUGCCUGGUCCGGUAACAAAGAUCCCAAGACGGGCAUUAAACGCACCACCCAGUUGACGCAGCGAAUCCUGAAUUUCCGCGAGUAUCUGGUGGCAAAUGGUAUUCAAGCUGCACCUCUGGUGCCCAAAUACUGCCUCCAGCAUCCACAUGCAUGCGAUCUUUACUACAAUCAAACCGCGCUCGCCACGUAUGCAACGACCCAGUGA